AUGUCGUCGCGCGACAACAAUGGAUCGUCCCGCAACCGCGGCCUAGUGACGCACUGGGUGCCGCUCGCCAUCACCGUCGCCAUUGCAACCGCGGGCGUAGCAGCAUGGGCGUGGAGCCAGCGCCAAAAGGACGACGAUGACGAAGACCACGAGGGGCUCGACUACGGCGAGCCGCACCAGGCAGGACGCGGCGGCGGCGGCGGCAGCAGAGGCGGAUCGGGCGCGGCGGGGGCCCCACGCGGACCCGGCGGCGCCGUCGUGGAGCGCGCGCAUCGGGGGCGCGUUGCGGCGCACGCCGAGCCCCAGCAGGUGUUUGGCACGGCGAGCAAGACGGUAGCGGCGGGUGUCGCGGCGGCGGGCGCGGCUGUGGGCACGGCGCUGUCGGCGAUACGGGAGGAGGAUAAGACGGCGUACGCGGAUCACGAGACCCUCGAUGAGUUUGGCGAGGACGAUUUCGAGCAUGCGACCAUCCUAUCGCAUCUGCCCAAGCACAUCGACUUCUCCAAGACGAAGCUGUUCAUCCUCAUCUACGCUCCCGGCUUGAAGGAGACUGUAACUACGGAAACGUCGGGUAAUAAUCAGGCUCCUUCUUUGAGCUCUUCAUUUUCUAACAUCGGUCACGAACAAGCCCAACCGACCGAGGGCUCCAAGAGUCCCGCUCUCAACCCUUCAUCGGGUAACCCGGCCUUCAACUCGGUCUAUUCCCACGCCCUCACCCUCGUCGAGAAGGAGACCAUGGUUCUCCCCUUCACCACCCGGAAUGGCCACGUCCACAUCCUCCGCCACCUCCAGCCCGAGAUCGUCUACCUCCAAGAAUCGCUCUCCGGCGAGAACGGCAACGUCGUCACCCAGAUCCAGACCUGGCUCCGCCACGACCUCGUGCUCGUCGUCGGCGCCGAGAGCGGCCACGGUGGCCUUGCCGACAGCGAAUCCGAGGCCGAGACCAAGGAAAAGGUGGAGAAGUGGUGGCAGCGCGAGGACAGGGUCGGUCGCGGGCGAGGUGUCGUCGUGGUGGAUAGCAUGAGGGUUUCGGAUGAUUGGGCAAAGAGGGUGCAAGGCGAGGUCUGUUCGCCUGCGAUCCAUGAUAAGAGGCUCUGCCACCGCAAGCGAAAGUCGGUGGACGGACGGAGCGGUCACGUGAUUUUCAACUUCCUCUCGACGCCCAAAGGCUGA